GCGAAGUCCCCGCCUCCGGCAGGUCCCGGAGGCCGCGGCGUCGCGGGGAGCCAGGCUCGGGCCCGCGGCGGUUGCGCCGAGGGAGCCCAGCCGCGAGAGCGCCAUGAGGGACGACACGGCGAUUCGGCUGGAGGAUCACCCGCGUCCUCCACGAGCCCUUCCACCUGUGCCAAGUAAGGAUGACAUUCCACUUAGUCGUCCUAAGAAAAGGAAGCCAAGAACAAAAACCACACUAGCAAGUGCUUCUUUGGAAGGCCUUGUUCAGACUGCUAUUCAUAGGCAGCCUGAGAGCAUUGAGUCAGCAGCUAAAGAACCCAAAGAGCACAUAGAAGCUCCUGUUCAAAGAAGACAGAAGAAGACAAGGCUACCUCUUGAAUUGGAGACUGCCUUUACCCAGAGAACAUCUAGUCCAUCUUUAUUACAAAAUGAAAAUGGUGUUGAUGUGGAGCCAGCUGAGGAGCCAGUUAUUCAAAAACCUCGAAGGAAGACAAAGAAAACACAGCCAGCAGAAUUGCAGUAUGCCAAUGAGCUGGGAGUAGAAGAUGAAGACAUAAUUACUGAUGAACAAAGUGGUCCAGAGCAACAGUCUGUAUUCACUGCACCCACUGGCAUUAGCCAGCCUGUAGGCAAAGUGUUUGUGGAAAAAAGCCGGCGAUUCCAGGCCACCGAUCGUUCAGAGUUGAUAAAGACCACAGAAAACAUAGAUAUGUCAAUGGACAUGAAGCCUUCCUGGACGACCAGAGAUGUUGCACUUUCAGUGCACCGAGCUUUCAGGAUGGUUGGUCUCUUUUCUCAUGGUUUCUUGGCUGGCUGUGCUGUGUGGAAUAUUAUUGUGAUAUAUGUUCUAGCAGGAAAUCAGCUUUCUAACCUCUCGAAUCUUCUGCAACAAUACAAGACCUUAGCAUAUCCAUUCCAGAGUCUUCUCUACUUGCUUUUGGCUCUAAGUACAGUUUCAGCUUUUGACAGGAUUGACUUUGCCAAAACAUCAGUAGCAAUCCGAAAUUUUCUUGCCCUAGAUCCAACGGCUUUAGCAUCUUUCUUGUACUUUACUGCACUUACACUAUCUCUGAGUCAGCAAAUGACAAGUGACAGAAUACACCUUUACACACCGUCUUCUGUUAAUGGCAGCCUCUGGGCAGCAGGAGUGGAGGAACAGGUUCUCCAGCCAUGGAUCAUGGUGAAUCUGGUGGUGGCCGUUCUGGUUGGAUUAUCUUGGCUUUUUUUGUCUUAUAGGCCAGGCAUGGAUCUUAGUGAAGAGUUGAUGUUCUCCUCUGAUGUGGAAGAAUAUCCUGAUAAAGAUAAAGGAAUCAAAGCCUCUUCAUAAUGCCAACUCACCUUCAGAGGAAUAAUAACUCAGUAUUUAGAAUUUUUCUCAUUCUUGUUUUUAAAUAUAUUUUUGUAAGAUAUGUACAGGUGUAUUUGGAAUUGAUUUUUUGAUUAUAUAAUACUGAAAAAAUUCUCAAGAUUAUGGAAAAUGUUAAAAUUGUAUCUGCAAUUUAUACGUAACAUUAAUAUCAAUAGCAUUAUUGUCUUUUUUUUUGAAUUGUGACUUUUUUUCUUUUUUUAAUUAUUUUUUUAUUGUUCAAAUACAUUUGUCUCCAUUUCCC